UUAGUUGAAGACAUUGUAGUGGUGAUCUUUCUGCUGUAUAUUGAGCUCUGUACAAGAUGUUUGUGGAUGAGCGAAUAGUAACGCUUUUCAAAAGGAAUGCCCAUCACACAUUGACCUACUGGAGUGUUUUCUUCAGUUUUGGAUUGUGCAUAGCGUUUCUUGGACCUACCAUUUUGGACUUGCAAUGUCAAACUAAAUCCACACUCAGUGAAAUUACCUGGGUCUUCUUUGCCCAGCAGUUUUGUUUGUUAGUUGGCAGCUCUGUUGGCGGGGUUUUUAAGAGGACGUUAUUCAGUGCACUCUCAGCAUUGUUUGUCUCAGCUCUCAUCAUUUCAAUAAUCUUUGCCAUCAUCCCCUGGUGCAACAAUGUGCUUAUGCUGGCUAUUGCUAUGGCUGUUUCUGGACUGGCCAUGGGCGUUAUUGACACAAUUGCUAACAUACAACUCGUUACAAUCUAUCAGAAAGAUUCAGCUGUUUUUCUGCAGGCUCUUCACUUCUUCAUCGGGUUUGGAGCCCUGGUGAGUCCUCUGAUUGCUGAUCCUUUCCUCUCUGAAUCGGGAUGUGGGAACCACACGGGGAAUGAGACGGAGAUGAUACAUCACUUUAGGAACCUGCUGAGGCACAGUCCCAUCGUGGAGCACAACAUCACUCAGAGCACAGCGCCCCCUCUUGGCGAAGAGGAGUCCAGCGUGCAGUAUGCCUUUUGGAUCAUGGCUCUCAUCAACCUUCCUGUACCUCUGGCAGUGUUGUAUCUUAUGUAUCGAGAGCAGCUGAUCCCGUGUUUCCCCAGUGGCACUCCUCAUCUUUUGGACAAAGAUGAACUGGCCAUGGAAAAUCAGCAAGGCCAGGAGGCUGUGGAGCCGGCAGAACACGAGACAGGAGGUCAUGGGGAUAUCUUUAGUUGCUGUCAGAAUGAUAACCUGCGUGGUUUGCCCGUGUCUUUCUUUAUGAUUCAUAUUCUUGGCGGACUGGUGCUUUUUAUGACGGAUGGUAUUGUGGGAGCAUAUGCAGGAUUUGUGUACACCUAUGCUGUAAGCCCACCUAUGCACAUCCCACAUAAGAUUGCUGGUUACCUGGCUAGUAUAUUUUGGGCCGCCAUCACUGCAGGACGACUGUUAUCUAUUCCUCUUUCCUACCGUUUCCAGCCAGUUAGACUUCUGAUGUUUAACCUGGCAGGUGCUAUCGUGACGGUGCUCAUGCUGCUCAUCUUCUACACCAGCAGUAUCUUUCUGUUUGUUGGCACCUGUUUGUGUGGGCUCUUCCUAAGCAGUAUCUUCCCCUGUAUGCUCUCCUAUACAGAAGACAUCCUGGAUUACCAAGGAUGUGCCACUUCUGUCUUAGUAACAAGUGCAGGGAUGGGGGAGAUGGUAAUGCAGGUUCUUGUUGGCCAAAUUAUCCAGACUAAAGGCAGCUACAGUUUCUUGCUUUGUGGAGUUGUCAUUGCUUGCAUUGGUUUCAUUGUAUUUAUUGGACUCCUGUUAUUCCACCGAAUGCACAGAAACUACUUGACAGGGACACAGAAAAAGUCAGCCAUGGUAGAGGAGCCUGCUCCUGAACAAAAUGGAUCUGCAAAAUCUGAACAGAAAGAGAAGGGCAGCAGCUGAGAGUGGUUAUUUUUACCAUGCUACAUUAUAGGAACAUAGGUUUUACAAGUGUCUCUAAAUUAGCUCCUCAUAUAUUUUUUCUUUUAAUAGUUCAUUAUGUGAAUUAUAUUUUACUUUGUAUAGACAU